AUAUUUGGGAAGGUUUGGACCACUCCCCCCUGUUACAGCGGAUCAUUCCCGUCCAGCUGAUCUACCAUGGACACGUCCACCUUGAAGGACCUUCUUGUAGGCCGUUUGAUGCCAGAGAAGUGCUAUGAGGAGCUUUUUGUCCGCUUUAAUUUACACGCUCCCUGCCUAAAGUUUGUGUUGAACAAAAUUGUCGGGAUUUGGAUCAUACUGGAUGCGUUUCUGGCACAGAUCCCUCAGCUGCUGAAGAUACUGUGGAGAGGAAGUGCAGAGGGCCUCAGUCUGAGCUCCUUCCUGCUGCAGCUCUAUGCAUUAUCAUGUCCGGUUGUCUACGCUGCAGCCAACAACUUUCCAUUUUUUGCCUGGGCUGAGAGGCUCUUCACGUUGGCUCAGACAGCAACCAUCGUCUUCCUUAUCCUGCAUUAUCGUGGUGAAACACUCAAAGGAAAGUUGCUGCUCUUGGGUUUUGGUGGUGUAAUGCUCCUCCUGGGUUCAUAUGCGGCUGCAGUUGUCAUUGAAGUGAUGCACACUUCCAAUGUAGCAGCUUUCCUUUUAAGCAAGGCUGUUCAAAUUGUAACAAACUACCACAAUGGACACACAGGUCAGCUGUCCACCCUGUCUUUGUUACUGUCAUGCGCGGGCUCUCUUGGUGCUGCCAUUUUGUCUGUACAGGAGAACGGAGGAUCUUUCACUACUUUGUUUCACAUGCUGUCUCCAUGUCUCAGCUUUGUCCUAUUGGUUCAAGUCCUCUGCUACACACAGACUGCUGGCUCUGUGGCAAAGAAGAUAGAUUAGCUCUGUAGGAAAGCAAGUGUUUUCUGUGCAGUGAUUCUGAUGCAGAUGUUAUGUGAACUACACAUGAUUUUGAGUCAUUAUGCUCUACUGUGUGCAGGGAAUUUCCUCUUUAAUACAUGUUGUGUUUCUUUGUAAAUUAGAACUUUUAUGUUGUUUUUAAUACAUUAAAUCUUUGUAGUUUAGUUACAGCUGGUAACAGAAUAAAACGUCCUGUGUCUCCCUCUAGUGGUUUCAGUAAGAACAACAUUAUCUCAGAUUUUAGUCCUCGGUUCUUUCUUUUUAUUGAAAAACAAGAAAUCCAACGCCAGCUAGUCCUUAAUGCCUCUAAGGCAUCUUAGAAUGUCCUCCAUGUUUGAAGUGUUUUUUUUUUUAAGAGGGGACAUAUACCUGCCAAUCAUCUGCAUAAAAAUGAAAUGAGAUACUAGAUUAUAUUAUCGGGCUAAGGGGAGUAAAUAAAAAGUAAAAUAAAGAGGUCUAUGAAUUGAGCCCUGUCGCUGUCAACAGUUGUUCCCAUGAUGGUGUAGGCCAUAAUAUUUCUGUGUCAAAAUCCUUUUGUAAUGUUUUUCUUUUUUGUAAUAUUUGGGGUUUUUAUUAGCUGUAAGUCUUUAAACAUUAAAAUAAAAAAUGAAAUAUAUUACUGUGUAAUUAAUCUACAUAUACAUUUCACUUUCUAAAAUGAGUUAUUGAAAUAAAUUAACAUUUUGAUUAUAUAUAAUUUGAGUUGCAGCAUUAAUGCUAUGCAAUAUUUAUGACAUUCCCCUUAACUUCAGAUGUACUUUGCUUGAAGCCGUGAAGUUCUUAAACAUUUUACCAGCUAUAAAUCAGCCAUCAAUCAUUUCUGGGACAUUAUCAUUUGGAGAAGUUAAGCAUAAAUGUUGCUUUAAUAAAGCUUAUCAGAAAUGG